AUGGAAGCUGGGAAAUUUCUCGGAUUCAUGAUAACCCAAAGAGGGGUAGAAGCCAACCCGGAGAAGUGCCAAACGAUACUCCAAAUGAAGAGCCCAGGCAGUAUCAAGGACGUCCAAAGGUUGGCAGGACGGCUGGCCUCAUUAUCACGGUUUCUCGGAGCGUUGGCAACAAAGGCCUUACCGUUCUUUAACCUCAUGAAGAAAGGAAUAGCGUUCGAAUGGACACCCGCAUGCGAGGAAGCCUUUCAGCACUUUAAGGAAAUCCUGGCGGCACCCCCGGUCCUCGGAAAGCCAAAGGACGGGGAACCAUUAUACCUUUACCUCGCCAUAACAGGAGAAGCCUUGGCCGAAGUUUUGGUACGAGAAGAAGGAAGGAUGCAGCAACCAGUCUAUUUUGUCAGCAGGGCCCUACAAGGGGCAGAGUUGAGAUAUAACAAAGUGAAAAAGCUAGCUCUGGCACUCCUGACCUCUUCGCGGAAGUUAAAGCAAUACUUCCAAAGCCACCAGAUUGUCGUAAGAACGGACCAGGGGAUCCGGCAGGUGCUCCAAAAACCCGACUUGGCGGGAAGAAUGAUGACCUGGUCCAUUGAACUUUCCCAAUACGACAUACGAUACGAACCCCGGCAAGCCAUCAAGGCGCAGGCGAUGGCGGAUUUCCUGGUAGAAGUAGCGGGGGAUCCGGCCGAAGACACGAACACACGGUGGAAGCUCCAUGUUGACGGAGCCUCCAACCAAGCGUUCGGGGGCGCCGGGAUCAUCCUGGAAAGCCUAGCCAGAGUCGUGUACGAACAGUCAAUUAAGUUCGAAUUCCCCGUUUCAAAUAACCAAGCAGAGUACGAAGCCCUUAUAGGAGGCUUAGCCUUAGCAGCAGAAGUCGGGGCAACGAGGUUGGAGAUAUGCAGCGAUUCGCAAAUCGUCACCUCCCAAGUGAACGGGAGCUAUCAAGCUAGGGACUCCCUGUUGCAGAAAUACUUGGAAAAAGUCAAGGACUUGAGCCAAAAGUUUGAAGAAGUCACGAUCCAGCACAUUCCAAGAGAAAGGAACACACGGGCAGAUCUCUUGUCAAAAUUAGCUAGCACCAAACCGGGAGAGGGCAACCGAUCUCUAAUCCAAGGAAAGAUGAAAGAGACGGCAGUCACACUACACCUCUCGAAGCUAAACCCCUCCUGGCUGGACCCCAUCACCGACUUCUUAGAAAACGGCAAGCUCCCCGACAACGAAAAAGACGCCAAGAAGCUAAGAAGGGAAGCUGCCAGAUAUGCCAUCAUCCAGGGUCAGCUGUUCAGAAAAGGGUUCAAUCAUCCCCUGCUGAAGUGCUUGCACCCCGACCAGACGGAUUACGUCCUCAGGGAAGUCCAUGAAGGAUGUUGCGGCCACCAUAUAGGAGGCAAGGCCCUAGCGAGGAAGUUAAUCCGAGCCGGAUAUUAUUGGCCAUCGAUGAUGGCCGACUCCAGGGAAUUUGUUAGGAAGUGCGUCAAGUGCCAAGAAAACGCCAACUUCCAUCGUGCGCCAGCCUCUGAGCUCAGCUUGCUAACGUCCUCUCGACCGUUCUCCCAAUGGGGAGUCGACCUCUUAGGACCCUUUCCCGUCGGCCCGGGGCAAGUCAAAUACCUUAUAGUCGCUAUCGACUACUACACGAAAUGGAUAGAGGCCGAACCACUGGCCAGUAUAUCCUCGUCCAAUUGCAGGAAAUUCAUGUGGAGACAAUUCAUAACACGAUUUGGUAUCCCGGAAGUCGUCAUCUCGGACAAUGGGACACAGUUCACCGACAAGAAAUUCAUAGAAUUCCUCGCCGGCCUGGGCAUAAAGCAGAGAUUCUCCUUGGUGGAACACCCACAGACAAACGGGCAGGUCGAGUCCGCAAAUAAAAUCAUCCUGCUAGAGCUCAAGAAGCGGUUGGAUAGCAAGAAAGGCGCUUGGGCCGACGAGCUCGCCUCGGUCCUAUGGUCCUACCGAACAACGGAGCAGUCCUCCACUAAAGAAACACCCUUUCGACUAACGUACGGGUCAGAUGCAGUGAUACCCGUAGAGAUCGGGGAGCCGAGCCCACGACUACUCCUGAAGGGAGUAGAGGAGACUGUCGAGAAGGACCUGAUAGAAGAAACCAGGGAAAUGGCCCACCUAGCGGAAGCGACGCUAAAACAAAGAAUGGCCUUACGCUACAAUGCCAAAGCGCUCAAAAGAAAGUUCGAAGAAAAUGACCUCGUCUUGAGGCGUAACGACAUCGGCCCAUCUACCCCGGGAGAAGGCAAACUGGGAAGGGCCAUACCGAAUCAAAGAGGUAAUCGGUAG